UCGUGUCACCGGCGGCAGGUGGUCGCCGCGCGUCCCGCACCGCACCGCAGCGCAGCGCAGUCACUGAAUGGGAUAAUAACACGUUCUGACUCUAGAGCCCACACACACACACACACACACACACACACUCACACACGGCGGGUUGACACGGAAGGAGGAGAGUAACUUAUCUGCUUAUUUCCUAAAGGACGCGCGAAGUGAAGACUAAAUUGGACGACUUUCUCCAUGACGCGCGGCGCGUCUCCGCGUGCGUAAUGGUCCCCGUGUAGAGAUCCGAAACCUUCUCUUUGAUGCAUUCUCCGACGGUUCUUUUUCUUAUUGCUACCCUGUUGGAUUGCAAAUAAUGGCUUUCGCCAGAUUCAGCAAGAUACUCCGUCUGCCCACGAUCGAGAUCAAGAAGAAGGUGAAGCAGUACGAGCACGUCCACCGGGACAUCAACCCCAACGACCUGUGGGAGAUUGUGGGCGAGCUGGGCGACGGCGCCUUCGGAAAGGUCUACAAGGCCAGGAACAAGGAGACGGACGCUCUCGCCGCAGCCAAAGUGAUCGAGACAAAAUGCGAGGAGGAGUUGGAGGACUACAUAGUCGAGAUCGACAUCCUGGCCAAAUGUGACCACCGCUACAUUGUCAAGCUUCUGGACGCGUUUUACCAUGACAACAAACUGUGGAUCAUGAUCGAGUUCUGCCCUGGAGGUGCUGUGGAUGCCACAAUGCUAGAGUUGGAUCGUGGGCUGACGGAGCCACAGAUUAAGGUGGUGUGUCGCCAGAUGCUGGAGGCUCUGGUCUACCUCCACAGCAUGAAGAUCAUCCACAGAGACCUGAAGGCCGGUAACAUCCUCCUCAUGCUGGACGGGGACAUCAAGCUUGCGGAUUUUGGUGUGUCUGCAAAAAACACCAAAACCCUACAAAGAAGAGAUUCUUUCAUCGGAACACCAUACUGGAUGGCCCCAGAGGUGGUAAUGUGUGAGACGAUGAAGGAUGCUCCGUACGACUACAAGGCUGACACCUGGUCUCUGGGUAUCACUCUCAUCGAGCUCGCCCAGAUUGAACCCCCACACCAUGAGCUCAACCCCAUGAGGGUGCUGCUGAAGAUCGCCAAGUCGGAGCCUCCGACCCUGGAGCAGCCGCACAAAUGGUCGCAGGAGUUUAAAGACUUCCUGAGGAAAGCUUUGGAUAAAAACCCGGAGACUCGUCCAACCGCAGCACAGCUCAUGGAGCAUCCGUUUGUGCGAUCGGUGACGUCGAACCGUCCGCUGCGGGAGCUGGUGGCCGAGGCCAAGGCUGAGGUCAUGGAGGAAAUCGAGGACAAUAGAGAGGAAGGAGAGGAGGACGACGCCAUGGAGCUCACUGCGUCUCCAGGCAAGGAGCCGUGCCAGACCAGUCAGACCAGUUUGGAAGGGGACCAGUCCCUGGAUACCCCGAGCCCCACCACGCCCUCCCCGACCACACCGAUGCCUUUACCCAGGAAGGGAGCCGAGCCGGACGCCCCAACAGAGGAGGAGCGGCCGGGUCCCGUCACGGCGGUCCCUGUACCCCUGCCGCGGCAAAAUGUGCCCGCCAGAGAUCCCAAGGAGUUGGGUGACAAGCUGGCCGACGACGUCCUUCUUGAGGCAGAAAAAUCUGAGAGCGAGGCCUCGACCAAAACUUCCAGCUCAGACUCAGGCAUUGAGGAUGGAAAGAGCACGCCGACGUCAGUGGAGGAAAAGGUUGCCAUGGAGACCCCAGAGACGGAGCAUCCACCACCUCUCCCCAAGCCCGAGGCAUCUGAGGAGCGCGUUGGCGUCAUCGUAGACUCGACAGACCCAGAGAAGCCCGCGGUCCAGGUGACCGAGGAGGAGAGCGACGUUGUGUCUAACGGAGACUCAACAAGUCUGAGGCCAAGCCCAGCUGUCUCUCCCAGAGCCACUCCCGCACCUUCCUCUGCCCCCACGACGGUCCCUACCGCCCGAUCUGGGCCCAACGGCCUGACCAUGGACACCCCGGAGCGGACAUCGGUAAGAGGGAACGCCGAGUCCGUCUCGCCUUAUAUCAACGGAGGGAUUAUCAACAAACGGAACUCUUACUCGGGCAGCGUGGCGUCCGAGAGUAUGGACAUGUCGAUCAACAAGGAGAACAUCUCGAUGUCUGCGAGGGACUUCUCCAGUAAGACUCUGAAGAGAACCAGGAAGUUCGUUAUCGACGGCGUGGAGGUGAGUGUGACCACCUCGAAGAUCAUCAGGGACGAUGAGAAGAAAGAUGAGGAGAUGAGAUUCCUGAGACGUCAGGAACUGCGGGAGCUCCGUCUGCUGCAGAAGGAGGAGCACCGUGCUCAGGCUGCUCUGAACACCAAGCUAGAAACGCAAAAAGAACAAAUGCAAAGACGUUUUGACCAGGAGAUGAAUGCCAAGAAGAAGCACUACGACGUGGAGCUGGAGAACCUGGAGAAGCAUCAGAAGCAGACGAUGGAGAAGAAGGAGACGGACCACUGUGACAAACUCAAAGAGGAGACCAGACGCAUCAAGGCGGAGCAGGAACGAGACUAUCACAAGUUUCAGGAUCAAAUCAAACACAAGAAAAAGGAGGUAAAGCAGUCUGUUGAUAAGAUGCCCAGAACUCAGCGUAAAGACACCUUGAAACAGAAGAUGAAUACCUUCCAAGAAAUGAAGAUUAAAGAGGAGGAGAAAUUCUUGGCGCAUCAGAAGAACUACAUGGACACCACGCUGAAGAAAAUCUUCUCCGACAACAAGAGAGAGAUUGUAAAAAUGGAGAGGGAAUGCCUCAACAAGAAGCAAAACCUAAUAAGAGAGCGUGAAGCCACGAUAUGGGACAUGGAGGAGAAAAAUCUUUACGAGAGACACCAGCUACUGAAGCAGCAGCUGAAAGAUCGGUACUUCCUCCAGAGGCACCAGCUCCUCAAAAAACACGAAAAGGAGCAAGAGCAGAUGCAGUGCUACAACCAGCGGAUGAUCGAGAUUCUGAAAGGUCGGCAGCAGCAGGAAAAGAACCGGCUGCCCAAGAUCCAGCGUGGCGAGGCCAAGACCCGCAUGGCCAUGUUCAAGAAGAGCCUGCGCAUCAACUGGACGGGAAGCAACGCAGAGGACAGGGAGAAGAUCAAACAGUUCUCCCUGCAGGAGGAGAAGCGGCAGAAGGCGGAGAGGCUGCAUCAGCAGCAGAAACACGACAACCAGAUGAGAGAGAGGAUCGGUCAGUGUGAAAGCAAUAUCCGCGAGCUGCAGCAGCUUCAGAACGAAAAAUGCCACCUGCUGGUUGAGAACGAGACCCAGAGGCUCAAGUAUUUGGACGAGCAGCACAACCAGCUGUUGAGGGAAUGGAGGGAUCAGCUGAAACCCAGAAAGAAGGCACUCGAAGCGGAGCUUGACAUGAAGAAACGGGACCAGGAGGCUUUCUUCAGGAUGAGCAAGUCCGAAUGUCCGAACCCCAGUUCGCCCCAUAAACUCUCCAAGUUUGUGCCUUACCAAGACUCUUCCACAUAAAAAAUCAGCUGCUGUGGCUCCCGGCCUGCACACAGUCGGCCAUUUUAUCCACCAUUGUCUGCUGCCUCAGUUUAAAUUUGCUUUGCCAGCUUAUCCCUCCAUUAGUUUCCUACAUUUUUUUAGUUCAUAUUUAUGUUUUAACAUUUUUUUUCCCUUGAAAGGCAUGAUAGUAUUGGAUUGACUUAAAAGUCAUGGCACGCUUCGUGACUGCUUCCAUACAGUUUUUUUUUCUUUCUAUCUCUUUCUUUUUAUGCCUCUUAUAGCUCACCAGUAAAACAUCUGUAUGCCACGAUACAGUGGCUCUUCAUUUGGGGAGAUGAAAAUACCAAAUGAAUCUUAAUAAGUAAAAAUUGAGGAAAUAUUAAAUUGUAUUUUUUUAGAAAUAAAUAAUAGUUUCAAUAGUAAUAGUAGUUUGUUGUCCUGAGCACCAAGCAGGGGAACUUAUUUUGGCAUGAUGAGAAGGAAUGUUUGUUUCUAUUAAGGCUGGUGAGCCAGAAACUUUUUUUUUUUUAACCCCAAAUUAUCAGUGCCACCUUUCAAAUAACCCAACAAUUCUUUUCCUCUCAUUUCUCCCAUAUCUUGGCCUAUUCACCUGCUUGUCUUUAAGACAGACACAUGUCAUGUAGCUGCCAAAGUAAGCUUGUAUUUAUUUUUUACUGAUUAAGAAAACUCUUAUCCUGAUUUGUCACUGUAGAUUAUAUUUUUCUCUUCAUUUAACCAACACCCACGGUAUGAAGGAUCUCCUCAUUCUUCUUCUUUUUUAAUUUUUUUUUUAAUCUUCUUUAAAUGAUUUAGGGAUGUGGCAAUAUCUAAAGUUAUCAAAAUGUUUAAUUUCUUUUAAAUGAUUUUUUAGUUAUGAGAUUUUAAACAGAUGAGGAAAGACUUGUUAUUAUUUACACAGAGUUGAUGUCAUGAUGUUUGCUCUUUUUCUGUUGUAUUCUUACUGUAAAAUCAGUCACACUGGAUGGGAACUGACGAAGCCAAAGUUAAAUACUGUUAUGUUCUUUGAAGGAUGUUAGACGGGGGAUUUAAAUCUAAAUUUAAAAAAGAAAAGGGUAUUAAAGUGUAUAAUUGUUGUACAUGUGCAGUUAAUGCACUGCCUGCUAACCAAAGUGCAAUAUUAUAUGUACGUCUUUCCUAACCUUUAUAGAGUUGUUUAUUUUUUCCUUUGCCUUCUUUUGCACUGAGUGGGAGAAUAAUAUGAAGAGUUAAACCAAAAACAGACGUAUCAACUCUUUUGGAAAGACACAACAUUGCUUGAAACUAUUUCAUCUUCAUCAAUCUUUUGUUGUGUUUGGCAAGCGGGGAGAUCGUUUUUCUACGAUGGUAUGAUUUCUGGAACAGAACUCUUCAUAUUAUGUUUAAGGGAGUGCAACAAUUCAGUCUGCUGUAAGUCUCCUCCAGAUGUGUCACCAACUGAAAUCCAAAGCUCGCAGCUGAGAAACUUGUGGCCUCAGUGAGAGAAAGUGUCUUCAGAGCAGUUUGACCUCGGGUCAGCAAUCAGGUACAGUUCAGCCUUUCUCUCUCUCUCUCUCCCUCAAACACUGUCUCAGAAGUAUUUAAAUGUUUUUCUUUUCUUUCUGUCAUGUUCAAUGGCUCCACCUAGGUCUUCCUCUCUUGCCUCAGUUUACACAGCAUUGUUUGUAUGGGGGGGGGGGGUUGUGAGUGCGAAUGAAACUGUAUCGGAAAGGAACCACUGUUGUAAAUAACUUAAUAAAUGCAGAUUUUCUAAUGA